GCAACCAUUCAACCAGAUGGUCUUUCUUGUACGUGAUGACGCCGGGUUGAAAUAUGAGUUUACGUAAAUUCAAAACACAGAAAUGGCUAUGGAUUUUUGCCUUGCCUUUUUUUGUUCUUCUUUAUUUACUUGCUAUCUCUUUACCGAAUGCUAAUUCAGAUUCCUGCGACUGUUCCCACACUUCUCAAAUACAUCAGUUUCAAGCACAGGAGGCGGAAAAUGAAAUUUCGGAUCAUCAUAACAGAAAUCAUCUUGCUGUCAUUGUCCCAUUUCGGGAUAGGUUUGAGGAACUUAUUGAAUUUGUGCCUCAUAUGCACAAAUUUCUCUCAAACCAAAGUGUAUUCCAUGAUAUUUUCAUCAUCAACCAAAGUGAUAAUUUCAGGUUCAAUAGAGCUUCCUUAAUAAAUGUUGGGUUUCUCCAUAUCAGUCUGUUGGAGAAGUUUGACUACAUCGCAAUGCAUGAUGUAGACUUGCUUCCUGUCAAUCCACAAUUGAAAUAUGUUUUCCCUGGAGAUGGGUUUGCUCUUCAUAUUGCUAGUCCGAAGCUUCAUCCAAAGUACCACUAUGAAACAUUUGUUGGUGGUAUUUUGAUUCUUACCAUUAAUGACUUUAAAAAAUUAAAUGGACUCAGCAACAAAUAUUGGGGAUGGGGUCUUGAAGAUGAUGAGUUUUACCAAAGAAUGAAACAAAGUGGCAUAAAAAUACUCAGACCUGACAAUGUAAUGGAUUAUUCAGAGUUAACAGAACGCCUGCGUAAAACACUGUACUAUGGCUCAGUUCCAAAAGCCUCCCAUAGCCUCAAUUCCAGCCUUCCGCUUACAAAUGUCUUGGUGGAAAGGUUUAGUGAGAGUGAUAGCAACCUAUUUUUGGAAAAACUUUGUUUUGAAUAUGCUGCUGAACUCUCAAGAGAAGCUUGCCUUUCACCUUGCUCCUUGGUUGUUGCCUUGAUCUACUUGGAAAGACUCUGCCAGAAUAACCCCAACUUUGUGUCCUCAAUCCCUUCAUCCAAACUCUUUUUAGUGUCUGUGAUGGUUGCUUCUAAAUUUCUAAAUGAUGAAGGAGAAGAGGAUGAAGUUAUCAACUCAGAAUGGGCCAACAGUGCUAAAAUAGAUUUGAGCAAUCUUAACCAAAUUGAAAGACAAUUCCUUCAAGCAAUUGAAUGGCGUCUUUUUGUAGACGACCAAGAUUUUGCCGAAGCUCUGGCUAGGAUCGAGUUCCGCGUGGCGCAACGUGAGAGCUUGAAGCGUGGAUGGCUUACUUACACGGAUUUGGAUAUUCUAGCUCGACAGAAAUUGCUGUCAGAUACUUGGGAUGUUGUCUACGACCUGGUUAUAAACGUCUCUGUUGCGUGCAUGACAGCGUAUUUGGCUAGUUUGGUCACGCUGGUUGGGUCUGCAAUUGUCGUUUCUUCCUUACCUUGGAACAGUUGUUCUAGCCCGUCUUCGGCAACAUCUCUCACACAAUCGGCAUCACUAAAUCCGAAUUAUGGAACAAGCUCUGUCAAUGCAAGUUCUGAUUUGCAAUCCGAUAUUGACUUUGUCGAUCGUAAUAGCGAAUCCUAUUUUGUUGAUUCAGCUAUAUCAGAUUUUGCCUUCCAAUAUCCUGAUCUAGAUUCAGAUACAUUCCUGAAGGAUUUUACUGCAGUUGCUCUAGGUUCUUUCUCUCACCUUCCCAAACCGCCUUUUGUGAUGUCUAACGAGACAUCCAUCAGUGUUCAUAUAAAAAAUUUUACCAGCCCUUUUUUGUACCUCCAACACAGUUACUGCGCUUUGGUUAGUUUAAUAAUUGGAUUUCACAGUGAUCUAUACGCUCUCCCUCCACUCUGUCUGACUCUUGCUUCUUGAAUUCCGUAGCAUGGUUUUCUUUGGUUUGAUAAUUUUAUUUACAUUAGUUAAUCGAACUUACAUUGCUUAUUCCGUAUCAUGUCGGCUGUUUCCAUUAACUGCUGUACUCUGUUGACGUCUAUUUCUUGGUUCCAGCUGCGUAUACCGAUUUUAUCAACAGAUGAGACUUUAUCAACAUGUAAACAGUCUUACGUUGGAAUAAAUGUAAUACCUUCCAUAA